CAUGAUGCAUCUGUCCUGCCGGUGCGCCUGCAAAACUGUAAUCUGUGCCACGCGCCCGCACAGCUAGCAGCAGGAGGGAAGCUUGAAGCUCCGCGAGGUUUCAUCAGCUCAGCCGGUGGUUUCAAACAGUGCUGUGCGUUUUGCCAUGAGACACAAUCUGGCCUGAAGGUGCUUUGACAUGCAACGCUUUCCCUAUCCCAUUGUCCCAAUGGACCCUCAAGUGUGUCCGCCACCGCUGAGCAGCAGCCAAUCUUUGAUCAGCGGCCAAUCUUUGAUCAGCGGCCUUGACAAAUCCCCAGCAAGCACGUUCAAACCUGGCCACUCGCGUAACAGCAGCACCGGCUCCUCCAAAUAUUCAAAGCAGUCUCGUCACUGGGAGGUCAUGGAUGACCUGCAGCACCUGGAUAUGUAUUCUGUUCCCGGCUCCACAGUGGACCUCAGUAUCCCUGGGAUCUGUGAGGGCUACUUGAUGAAGAAGAGGAAGUACCCGCUCAAAGGCUGGCACAAGAGAUACUUCCUGUUGGAGAAGGGGAUCCUCAAGUAUUCAAAGACACAGCAAGAUAUUCAGAGAGGGAAGCUCCAUGGCUCCCUUGAUGUCAGCCUUGCCGUCAUGUCGGUCAACAAGAAGUCCAAAGGCAUAGACCUGGAUGCUGGAGACAACCUCUACCACCUCAAGGCAAAGAGCCACGACCUCUUCUACAUCUGGUUGACCAAGCUGUGUGCCCAUCGUGUUUAUAGGAAAAAUGAAGCGAUGUCUGUCCAUCGGGGCGUCCUGCACGCUCUCUCCAUGGGUCCAAACACCUUGCCAACCAUGGUCAAUCUUGCCCAGACAAACAGAGCAAUGCCUGCUCACUAUGCCAGCUCAGCAUCAGUGUACCAACCCGAGAUGGGAAGCCCUGCCCCUGCUGUCGCCUCUCAACCAGGCGUGACCAACAAGGUGUCAGCGUGGCUGCAACAGACCCACGACAUCGAUGGAACCUCCAACGACUUGGCUCGUUGUCAGGGAGAGCUGACAGAACUGGCCCAGCUCAUCCAGCGACUCCAUUGGCUGGAAGGCGGCCUGCCAAUCACAGACACUGACCUUGAAAUGCGAAUCAGCAUGCAGAAUCUCUCCCUGGAGAAGCCCAAGAAAGGGAAAGGUUUCGGUCACUCCAGGACUUUGUCGCGUGUUGAAGCCAUGGGGGGAAUGUUCACCUCCAGCCACCUGAGCACCAACGGCAGCUCCGGUUUGGGGGCUUCGGUUCAGUCCAUCCCUGGCUACGUCUACUCUCAGCUGUCUAACCCUCAGGUGUCCUCACCUGAAGCCAAGAAGCUUCACCAGGACAUCUGCACUUCUUCUCAGAGGGUCCAUGCAUCCCUCAAGUCCAUUCAUGAGGUUUUGUCCUUGGAGAGAGAGAGACUGAGGCAGGCCUGGACCGGCCCAGAACUGAGGCAAAAUACCUCACAGCAGCUCGCUACACUCUGCAGCACACUGUCUGAGUUUGAUGUACAGUCCCAUCUGACCAAAGUCCACUCGCUUUCCCUGUCCUCUGACUCCACUGACGAAUCCUUCUGCACCGUCCGUCCUGACCAGAGGACACCAUCUAUGGGUCGCCACAGUCACCGCGCACCCUCAGUGGCGGACUCCAUGGCAGAAUAUUUCGAUGCCAGUGAGGUGAUCGUGUGCGAGACCUCAUCAGAGGCCGAGGCUUCAGACGAGUCAGGCCUGAGUGACAUCACCACCACCACCAACUCUGAACCUGAAGAGGGCCAUGCCACUGCCACCCUCAACUACCGGGCCAGUCUGAGCAACGCUCCCGACAAACCCAGCCCAUCCACCACCAAUACUGGUCGUCGCACUGUCCUUCCCGCUUCAGGGACAGACAACAGCCACAUCGGCAUCAUGACCAUCCUGUAUAACAACAUCGGCAAGGACCUGUCUAGAGUGUCCAUGCCGGUGGCUCUCAAUGAGCCCGUCUCUUUGCUGCAGAGAGUCAGUGAAGAGCUGGAGUACUCUGAUCUCCUGGACAUUGCCAACCACACUGAUGAUCCAUUUGAGAGAAUGGUUUACGUGGCAGUGUUCUCCAUCUCUGGAUAUGCCUGGGCAUCCUGGAGGAAUCGCUACAAACCCUUUAACCCUGUUCUGGGAGAAACUUAUGAGAAUCUCAGAGAAGACCGAGGCUUCCAAUACCACAGUGAGCAGGUCAGCCACCACCCACCCGUCUCUGCCUGCCACGCAGACUCCGAAAACUUCACUUUCUGGCAAGAUCAGAGGUGGAAGAACAAGUUUUGGGGGAAAUCGGUGGAGAUCAUCUCUUCUGGACAGGUCAAUGUUACCCUGCCCAGCUAUGGUGAUCACUACGAAUGGAACAAGGUGGUGACAUGUAUCCACAACGUACUGAGUCAGGAGCGCUGGUUGGAGCACUACGGCGAGGUGGUCAUCAAAAACACAAAGAGUGACGCCUGCACCUGCAAGAUCACCUUUGUCAAGUCUCGUUACUGGAGCUCUGACAACAGUAAGAACGAGGUGCAGGGCGUGGUUCUGGACCGAUCUGGAGAGGUGGUUCAUCGAUUUGGAGGCCUCUGGCAUGAGGGCAUUUUCUGUGACACCUUGCCUACUCCAAAGUGCAUCUGGAAGCCAAAUGUGCAGCCUGAUGACCACCCCCAGUUCUACGGCUUCUCAACAUACGCCAGAGAACUAAACGAACUUACGCCUGAUCUGAGAUCAGUCCUCCCACCUACAGACACGCGCUUCAGACCAGACCAGAGACUCCUUGAGGAGGGGAAGGUAGCAGAAGCAGAUAAAAUGAAGGAUGAGGUAGAGGAGAAGCAGAGGGAGAGAAGGAAGGAAAUGGCAAAGAGAGGGGAGGAGCAUGUCCCCAGGUUCUUCAGGAAAUCUGUGGAUGAGGCCGGCAGAGAGGUGUGGCUGUCCAAUGGAACCUACUGGAAGCUUCGCAAAGAGCCGGGCUUCGCCAACACCGAAAACCUAGAGCUGUGGUAGAACAAUACGAAGGAAUGAAACCAGCCAGGUGCUAAACACAUGGUAAUAUGAUGAAGAGGAAUAAUACACCCCCAAAAUAACCACAUGAUUAAUUGUACCCAUGUUAGCCCAAUAAUCUACAAGUCACUAUGGCUUAUUCCUUUAUAAACAAUGAUCCAGCUGCUUCCAUUACUGCAAGGAUGUAGAGGAGAGGGGUGUCCUAAGGCACAAAUGAAGCUCUCAUUGGGUUUUCGUGCCAUGUAGAGGUGAGGUGCCACUAUGGGCUAAAUGAAGACUGAUUUAGAAGAAGCCAGAUGUCCUUCGAGACCUUAAAUAUAAUCAUUCAUGAUUCAAAAGCUAAUCUUGACUCAAAAUACAUUUUUAAAACCCAGCCCUUGAGAAAAUAGUUUGUGUCUGGAUUGAGGGCUCUCUGUAUGUAAAGUGUUUUGUAUUAUAUUGAUGGGACAAAUGUCAGAUAUGUAAUGCCUAGUUAGUUUUAAUGUGCCGAUAUUAAUAUUUUUAUUAAGUGUAAUUUUAAUGACAGUUAUGAGUUCAAAUGUUUUCAGGCGCUUGCUUCCUGCAGAGGAAUCCAGAAUGAUAAGAGGGCUGAUCUGGUCCUUUUUAUGGGGUGUGUUACAGGUGAACUGGUGCUGUCCUGCUUUCUUUCUCAGUGGGUCUUACUGUUUGAGCUUGUCUAUUUGUAAAGUCAGUGUGCGUUUUAUUUUCUGAUGUUGAGGCUCGACACACUGGUGAUGCAUAGUUUUUCUAAAGUGUCCUUUUGCUGAUUAGAUCUAGCAGUCCUGAAAGCCUAGCCUUCCUCCUCGCCUGUAUGAUCUACUGUCCAAAAUGAGCUGACAGGCGAGGAUUGCACCUCUCGGACCUAUAUCCUCUCAGUUGAUGCAAUGAAGUAUUUUUAUUGAUGUUUCAACAAUGGAUUUUAAUGAGGAAAAGAGACUAUUGUUAAAACCCAGUGAAAUAUGUUUCCUAAUGUUUUUGUUGUUGUUUUUUUUUCAAAUAAAAAGUUCUAUAAUCAA